AUGGCAACAGCAACAACAACAACCGCCACUGAAAGUCCAUCGAAUUCAGGACGCAGGCAGGCCAGAUACCUAUGCCUCACCAUCCUCGGAUACCGUAAGCCUGGCAUGAGCGAGGAAGACUAUCGCAAUCAUAUGGUCAACGUCUCAGCUCCACUGACCAAGGACCUCAUGGUCAAAUAUGGCGUGAAGCGAUGGACACAGAUCCAUAAUCAGUCCGAAACCAAGGCACUCAUGUCACAGCUCUUCGAUCCGCAGAUGUGCAAUCUUGCCGACUACGAUUGCUUCAGUCAGGUCGUCUUCGAGAACAUUGAAGAUUACAAGAGGAUGAAGCAGGAUCCAUGGUACAAGAAACAUCUGGUCGGUGAUCAUGAAAACUUUGCCGAUACCAAGAGAAGCCAAAUGACAAUUGGCUGGGUUGAAGAGUUUGUGCGUGAUGGACAAGUCGUGGAAGGCUUCAAAGGAUGCUAG